AGGGAACCCUGGUGAGGGACACUGGUAAGGGAACGGCUCAUGUAGUCUGCCCCAUGAUUUCCCACCCUGUGAAAAUCACUAGGACUUGCCAACAAGCAGUCCCGAAACUUGACUGGAUUAUGAGGGUUAUGAAAUGGACCUGAUGUUGACCUGUCUCUGAGGAAACCGUUGAAACCUCCUAACUGCCAUCUGUGGAACCCAAGACACAGAACGGUUGACUGGCUCGGGUGGAAGUGGAUGAAAUUGCCCCAGAGGUGUGGUGUUAAAACCAGAUGACGUCACUGUGGCUUUAUGUGGUGCUUGGAGCCAUUUUAAAAAUACCAAAACGUGCUUCAGGAAUUACCUACAAUGAAAAAGCGGUGGCUAAUUCAAGUUUCGCCUGCCGCUCUGGUUUUUACCAUGAGGAUAGCAAGGAAGUCACAAUAAAAUUGCUUCUUUAUAGGACCAGCUUGAAUAUCAACUGUCAUUUGUAUGACAUUAGUAAGGAUGACAACAAGGAAAACAGAAGGAAGAAUCUUCUGCUCUAUACUUCAGCAGGUCUUGCUCCCAGCAUAAUGAUUUUCAACAGUACCUUCUCAAAAGUCUUCUACUUCAAAAUGACCCUGGGAGAAGGUUUGGAAACGUGGUCAAUUGAUAUCCCUCGAGAGAUGAUUACAUUUAAUACAGAUGUUGCUCCAGUAGAGCAAUGGUUUGUACAAUUUACUAUGCAUCAUGGAUUAGAUAUGUUUACUAGUGAUGGAACAUUACUGGAUCAUAUUCGAGAACCUGUACUUCAGUGGGAAGACUACUUUGGUGAUGAAAUAGACAUUAUCAAUCUAAUACCUUUUGUGAGAAAUACCAAGGGAACAAAAAGCCCUUGUGCAAGUGAUGUGGCAAUUUUAGGUCUCAUUCUUGAUGGAAAAAUAAAUGGAAUAUUUCUGGGAGUCACUAAGUUUGGGUUUAUGCGCCGGAAUACGAAGUGGUAUAACAUGACUGCCAACAUUUGUGCUACUCUGAAUGACGAUUGUGCUGAUCUCUCACUUAUGAAUGUCAUUUUAACAAAUACUCAUUUAAUCAUCCUUUCCUCACUGGGACUAUUUAUCAGUCAAGAUCUGUGUGAUCCAGCUACAGAACAGAUUAAAUUUACCAGAUCAGACUUCUGUGGCUUUGAAAUGGAUGAUUACUUGAAAGCAAAAAUAUGGUAUAACAUUCAAUGUUUAGCUAACAAAGAAGACUAUGAAGUGGACUAUAUUAGUCUGUCAUUCAACAAAGAUAAAACAUUGAGCCAGGAAUCUACCUGUUUCUAUAGCAAUGAUCCAUUUACAAAAUGGUACAGUUGCUUGCCUCAAAGAGCAAAAGGCGAAAAGCUGGUUUCUCGACGAGUUGUUUCUUUUCUUGUUGAUGCUCAACAGAAUACUGGCAUAGCUGUUUUAUCUCAACAGAAGGAUGUACUAGUAUGGGUAAACAAGUUAACAGAUCACAGACUCCAUGCACAACACAAAUUUCCAGCAUAUCGGUUUCCAGAACGGGAUUUUGUGCCAUUUGGAAUGUUUUUCCACCCAAACAGUCACUUUCUAUAUGUUUAUGGAAAUCAGGUGUGGCUUUCUACUGAUGGAGGCAACACAUUUAUAUUGUUAAUUAAACUAGACAAUGAGACUGUUACAGAAACAGAUGCAUGUGUUUACAACCAGGCCAUUGUAUUUGUGACUGACAAGGGGAACAUUUUCUACACAAAAGCAGGUUUAUUCAGAUAUGCCAGGCUUACAACUGUGAACCAAGAUUUUUUCAGCAUGUACUUUGACCAUCUGGGAAUUUUAUAUCAGCUUAGUAUGAAUGCAACAUCAGCUGACAGAAUGGCAGUUCCUGUAAUGGAUGUGAACACUUUAUUACAGGCAGAUGACUUGGGUUUCGAUGGUGUUUUGUCUCCACAGUAUAUCACUGAACAACAAAUGGUUUUCUAUAGUCAUGAACCAUUGAAUCCAGGGGUAGCUGCCACAAAGUCAAGGUUCUAUAAUCUUCAUGUAGACAAAGCGUUAGUAUAUGGGCCAGGCGGAUCAGGUAUGAUCACCAAAAUUUUCACACAUGGGAAUCCUCCAGGAUUUUUAUCGUCUGUCCUUGUAGAUAUUCUGGAGCGGUAUCCUACUGAAUCUAGCACUAUUAGCCCUUGCAUCUUAAAUACUUUAACAAUUUUGGAACGUGCACAAGGCACUAACGCAUAUAGGCUUCAGCUUAGUACUACAGGGCCUAAUAUAUUUAAAGCAUCUGAUCGUGAGAAAACUGUGGUGAUUCCAGGUGCUAGCAGUUUCCUCAUUGUUGCGAUUGUGAAUGAUCUCAAUGCUUUAGGAGAUGCCACUAUGCCUAUUAUAGUACCUGUAAACAAAGUCUUUGAAAGCGGGACAUGGUUCUUGUAUGACUUUGGCACUCAGAAUAAAAGACAUUGGAGCAUUCUUGUUGACAGAUGUAGAUAUACGAUACAACAGCCUGACGAACUAACACUCAAUGCCAUUAGAUACUUGGAUCUUGGAUCAAAACUGCAUUUUAAGUUCAGAGUAACUCCAGUAAAUAUAGCCUAUCCAGUAUUUCAUAUGCCCCUAAUGAUGAUAGCAGUUGGGAGGCCCUCUCUACUGGAUGUGAGUACAGAAAAUCACUGGGACAACACUGAUAGUUAUAUAAUGGAAAUCAUGGUCCAUAGUAAAUUUUUUGAACAGGGUAAAACCUCUCUAGCUGUUAUAGUAACACAAGCAUCCCUCGUUUGUGAUGUCACAACCAUUAUCUUGACACUGAAGAAUUCCUGCUCCUACCUUAAAACAAUGCAUUAUGUUCUACAUGUUCCAGUCUCUGCUUCAGACUGGCUUUCUGGAGAAGACCAGACUAAGCAUAAUGUCUCUGCUGUUUCCCACCUCUUAAAGAACCUGCCGGUCCAGAUUAAUUCGAUAGUACGGGACGAGUUACAAAUACAAGGUGGAAAACCGAGAGAAUUGACUGACUUUGAAGACUUAAUUAGUCAAAAUAAGGACCAUUUGUUGGGGAAAAUAUAUAAUCUGUUGCUGAAAUAUGAGACAGAGACGGAGCAGGUUAAAGAGUGCAUGAUAAAGUGGAUGCAGAAUUUCAACAGGACAAUUGAUUUUUCUGACUGAGAAUACCGGUGGAAAAGAAACGUGAAAUUUACAAUGCAAUAUAACCUAAGGGAGAACUGGUAUAAGAUGUUUUUCAGAUGGUACAUGACCCCCCUGAUAAUCAAUAAGAUAGAUAAUUCAUUCUCAAAAAACUGUUGGAAAUGUAAUUAUCAAUCAGGGUCAUUUUUCCAUAUGUGGUGGACCUGUAAUAAGGCUCAAUUGUAUUGGAAGUAAAUUCAUGAGAAAUUGGAACAAAUUUUAGUGAUUAAAUUUCCUUUUUUACCAGAAAUCUUUCUUUUAAGUAUGACAAAUCCUUAUAUUCCUUCUAAAUGUAAUGAGCUGUCUUUAUACAUGAUUACUGCAGCCAGGAUUUUAUAUGCGCAUAAUUGGCGUGUUUCUGAAUUCCCCUCUUUAAAUGAUUGGUUUUUGAAACUAUGGGAUUAUGCCUCAAUUUCUAAAGUUUCAGUUUAUAUGAAUGAAGUCUCACAUGAGUCAUUUAUGUCAACUUGGGAUCCCUUUAUAAACUUUAAUAUCCGACAAGGACAUCAUUUGUUUCCAUUGUCCGGAUUUGAUUUGUGAAGUUUUAUGUACCCCGCUUUAUGCAACCCAGUGUUGACCAGAUGUUGAUCACUGCUGCUGAAUUUUCAUAGAACUGUUAAUAUAUUCAGAAUGUUUUCUUUCUAGUACUUGCUUAAAGAAAUAUCAUGACACUGUUUUUCUUUUUUUCUUGCUUUAUGUUUCAAUAAAGUUCAAAAAAAAUGUUUGUUUUUAAAAAUCAAAGAAAGUCUUCUUCCCUUUUAUGGCUUCCUUGACUUUACCUGUUAGCCAUGCUGUCAUUCUCCUGGACUUAGUGGUACCUUUCCUCCUUUUGGAUAUACAAUCUAACUGGACUUCUAGUAUUGUGGUUUUGAGUAAACCCCAUGCAUUCUGGAGCGAAGUGACUCUUCUGAUUUUCCCUUUCAGCUUUCUUUUCACCAUACUCCUCAUUUUGGAGAAGCUUCCUCUUCUGAAAUUCAAAUUGUAUGUGUUAGACUUCUUCAGUGAUUCUCUCCCCACAUGUAUGCUGAAUUUGAUCACACUAUGGUCACUGUUCCCUAAAGGGUUUAUGACUGACAUCAUGCACCAGGUCCUGGGUGCCACUCAGGAUUAAGUCCAAGAUCACCUUCUCUCUGGUUGGUUCCAAGACCAAAUCUUCUAGGGCACAGUCAUUCAGCGUAUCUAGAAACUGGACCUCUUUGUCAUUACCUGUGAAUUUAACUGGUAUAUGUGUGGUUAAUUGAAGCCACCCAUUAUUACUGCCCUGCCUCUCCUUGAAGCCUCCCUGAUUUCCUCCUGCAACUCCCAGUUGCUGUCAGCGUUUUGAUCCGGAGGGCGAUAGCACAUCCCCAGUAGCACAUUUCCUUUCAAGCUUUGUAUUUUCAUCCACAGGGUUUCUGUGGAGGACUCUGGUCCACCUAGGUUUUCUACCUUGUUAGAUUCUAUCCCUUCUUUAACAUACAGUGCUACUCCAACUCCAAGGUGCCCUUCCCUGUCCUUUCUAUAGAGUUUAUAUACAGGGAUAAAAGUGUCUCACUGGUUCUCACUGUUUCACCAUGCUUCUGUUAUGCCCACUAUAUCUAUUUCUGAAUUAGCAACCAAGCACUCCAGCUCACCCAUCGUGCCUCAGAGGCUUCUGGCAAUGGCAUAUACAUAAAAACAUAAGAACAACCCUGCUGGAUCAGGCCCAAGGCCCAUCUAGUCCAGCAUCCUGUUUCACACAGUGGCCCACCAGAUGCCGCUGGAGGCCACAGACAGCAGUUGAGGGUGUGCCCUGUCUCCUGCCAUUACUCCCCCGCAACUGGUACUCAGAGGCACCCUGCCUUUGAGGCUGGAGGUGGCCCACAGCCCUCUGACUAGUAGCCAUUGAUAGACCUCUCCUCCAUGAAGUCAUCCAAACCCCUCUUAAAGCCAUCCAGGUUGUUGGCUGUCACCACAUCCUGUGGCAGAGAGUUCCACAAGUGGAUCACGUGUUGUGUGAAAAAGUACUUCCGUUUGUUGGUCCUAGACCUCCUGGCAAUCAAUUUCAUGGAGUGACCCCUGGUUCUAGUGUUGUGUGAGAGGGAAAAGAAUAUCUCUCUCUCCACUUUCUCCAUGCCAUGCAUGAUUUUAUAGACCUCUAUCAUGUCUCCCCACAGACGUCUUUUUUCUAAACUAAAAAGCCCCAGGUGUUGUAGUCUUGCCUCAUAAGAAAGGUGCUCUAGGCCCCUGAUCAUCUUGGAAGAGUUUGGUAUCAUCUGCAAAUUUGGCCACAUCGCUGCUUACCCCUGCUUCUAGAUCAUUUAUAAAGAAAUUAAAAAGCACCGGUCAUAUAAGCACCUAUACACUGAAUCUCUUACCUGGUGUAUGCUAUCUUUCUACAGCCUUCUGUCUGUUCUUCAUGUGGUUCUGCUCUGUCCCCUUCUGUUUUAUCUGAAUCCUUUACACCCUCACACUUUAAAGGAUGGCAUUUGCCAAACCGGAUACUGCCCAGCUCCUGUCAACUAUUCCCUAGGCAUCAUCUUAAAAGGUCCUCUGCAACCUUUUUUAUUUUAAGCACCAGCAGUCUGGUUCCAUCUUGGUUCAAGUGCAGCCCAUCCUCUUUGUACAGGCUUUGCUGGCCCUAAAAUGUAUCCCAGUGCCUAACAAAUCUAAACUUCUCCUCCAGGCACCAACAUCUCAUCCACGCAUUGAAACACCUCAGCUCUGCCUGUCUCACUGUACCUGCAAGUGGAAUAGAUAGCAUUUCCGAGAAUGCUACCUUGAGGGUCCUGGACUUCAAUACACUACCUAUCAGCCUAAAUUUGGCUUCCAGGACCUCCGGACUACAUUUCCCCACAUUGUUGGUGCCGACAUGCACCACAACAGCUGUUUCCUCCCCAGCACUGCCUAACAGCCUAUCUAGAUGCUGCAUGAUGUCUGCAACCUUCGCACCAGGCAGGCAAGUCACCGUGCAGUCAACACGUGAGUCACAGAUGCAUCUCUGUAUACCUCUAAUGAUCGAAUCACCCACUACAAGGACGCCCUCACCCCCCGGAAGAGUAUCCCCUGUGCAAGAGGAUAUGGGCUCAUCAUCCACAGAAGGGGUCCCUUCCAAAGAAGCAUUUUGCUCUUCCUCAGACCAAUGUACUCCUUCCCCGAGACCUUCAUCAUCCCUGAGAGCAGAUCUAUCAGCCCUGGAGUGGGAUGCCACUACCACAUCCCUGAAGGUCUCUUCUGCAUGCCUCUCUGUCUCUCUGAGCUUCUCCAGAGCCGCCACCUUGGUCUCGAGGGAACAAACUUGUUCCCUGACCCCUUGGACACCGCUUGGGUUCCUCAAGGGUCUUAUUUUACAGGCGAUUCUCAAGGCAGGAGAGAUUUUCAUAUCAUUUGUUCAGAAGAUAGCAGCUUCAAGGAUCCCCUACCUUUUUUCUUUUAUGUCGUAAGUCAUAUUGGAUGUUCUAUGGCAGUGUUUUCUGAACUUCUGAUUGUGAAGGUGCAAGUGGUUUUCCCCUAACUUAAAACUGGAAACACUUUUCACAUAACUUCCAAGAAAGAAAGUGUGAGAGAAAACAUUACCCUACAUCAGAUGAGCUCAUCCCUUGUGUGACUGCACGAGUCAUUGCUCUGAGUGUGCAUCCUGAUUGGAAAUAAAGAAGAACAGUGACUCACGCAGAGAUACAAUGGGCAACCUCCUACAAUAAUUUACUAAUUUCUUUAUAGUGGCCAAUUAAAUGAUCUAGUCACACAUGAUGGAGAGAUACCACCAAAUUACCCUAAGAACAUAAUAAAAGCCCUGCUGGAUCAGGCCAAAGAUCCAUUUAGUCCAGCAUCCUCUUUCAAGCAGUAGUCAACGAGAUGCAUUUGAGAAGCCUGCAAGUGGGGAAAGGGCAAAUCUUCAGGUUUUUUCCAUAGCACCUGGAGUUCAAAGACAUGAUGCCACCCUUCCUUUAUGGAGGACAACUGGAAGGUCCCUCUCUCAUAAUGCUAGAACUUGGGCUUGUCCAAUAAAAAUGGAUUGGCAAGAAAUUCAGGAUAAUAAUCCAAUGGAAAUGACUGCCACAUAUGUGGUUAGAUGAUGGCCAGUAGGCUAGAUGGCUUUAAAAAUGGUUAGAUAAGUGCACGAAUCUAUCAGUGGCAAUGGGCCCAGAGAGUUAAGUGGAACUUCCAUGUUCACAGGCAACAUGCCACUGAAUACCAGUUGCUUGGGGACAAUACAAUAGCAUAGAAGUGCUAUUGCCUUCAUGCCUUGCCACUGGACUUCUCAGAGGUCUCUGGUUGCUCACCGUGGGAAGCAGGAUACUGAACCAGAGGAUC